UGUUCUUCUCAUGCGUGCGGUAGUUACAGCGUCGUUUCCCAAAGGUGGAGAUGUUUAUGUUUGUGCCUGGACCAAGCGGCGACUAUGCUUCCAUCGAACGGCUUCUUUAAUAAACUGCCGUGUCCUUUCUUUGCGUCGGGACUCUGCGAGCGGCCUCAUUGCCACUUCAGCCAUGAGAAAAAGGGAAUCUCUCUGCUGGGUCUACAAGCUAACACCGUCCAGCCUGCUGAUGAGUCCAGUCAGCUCUUGGAGUAUGUCAAUGAUGCCCUGCGCCGAGUCCGGCAGGACAUGGUUCAAGUCUCGUCACUUGGGUACGUGCCUACGCCUGUGGCAGCACAUCCGCCAGAACCGAAGCCAAAGCGCUACAUCCCAGCCCAAAGCGUGCCCCAGUAUCGGCCCACACCUCUGGCCGAGCUGCGCAGGCGUAACCUCCUGACUAACCGCCCGCCAACCCAGCCGAACCAGAUUAGAAGGGCGGCUCCAGUGGCACUGGCCGAGCCAGUCAAGCAGUUGAAGUCCCCAGAACUGAGCAGUGACGACAGCAGCCAGGUGAACGGCAGUGGCGUAAAUGACGAGGAUGAUGCAGACAUGGUGCAGGAGGAAGUGGACGCCAUUGUUCGGCUCAAGGACAAGCGUCUCGGAGGGCCGGACGGCUCCUUUGCAAAGCCUUCCUCUGAAGCUCGAGCCACAGAUGUUGCCAAGGACAAAGACAAGGCAUUGAAGGAGACUGCUAAGCACGAGCCACCAGACAAAGAGAAGGAAGAGGCAAGAGAGGAGAAGUGUGAAGAGAGCAGGGUGAAAGAAGGAGGAGACGGGAACAUAGCAAACGGUGAUAUUGCAGAACAAGCUCGAAAGGAGGAAAGCUCGGAAGGGCACCACUCAGGACACUCGUCCACAAGCAAGGGGCAUUCGUCAUCCAAGCAUGAUUCAUCAAACAAGCACUCGUCCUCUAAGACUUCACAGUCAAAGCAUUCAUCAUCUAAACACUCAUCUUCGAAGCACUCAUCGAAGGAACGGUCCUCCAAAGAGUCAUCAUCCAAAGAGCCAUCAUCCAAGGAAAAGUCAUCCGCAAAAAGUUCAUCGAAAGAAUCAUCAACCAAAAAUUCUUCAUCGAAAGGGAAUUACAGGGACUUGUCAUCAAGAAGAUCCAAGGAGUCGUCAUCCAAGCACUCAUCUUCUAAGGAGUCUUCAGCUAAGGAGUCCACUAGCAAGGACUCCUCAUCCAAAGGUGCCUCUCCCCAGGAAACCUCAUCCAAGGUUUUGUCCUCCAAGGAAUCCCCAUCGAAAGAGACCUUUUCUAACGAUUCCCUGUCCAAGGAGUCAUGCAAAGAACCGCAGCUGAAAAGUCCCUCCGAAGAGGGUUCCUCAUCGAAGUCAGCAUCGAAGCCACCAGCUAAAGAGUCGUCUGACAAGCAUUCAUCGUCGAGACACUCCUCUUCGAAGCACUCGUCGAAACAUUCAUCUUCGAAGAGCUCAUCUUCGCACCGUUCAUCGUCAAAGAACUCAUCUUCAAAGCAGUCAUCGUCGAAACAUUCUUCUCAUCACUCUCCCUCUAAGCAUUCUUCUUCUUCGUCACAGUCACUCGUCCUCCAAUCACUCCUCAGAACACUCAUCGUCGUCCAAGCAUUCAUCGUCGAAUCACUCGUUGAAGCGGCCUUCGUCCACAUCCGCCAAGGACCACUCGCCAUCCAAAAAGAAGAAGGAGGUGAUUCCAAGUCUAGUCACCACAGUUCGUCCAAGCGGUCAUCAAGCCACAAGCAAGGCAGCAGUAGCAGCAGCUCCUCAUCGCAAAAGAAGAAAUCCGGCGCGAAAGAUUCUGACAAGCAAGAAGCAAAGUCUACUUCCAGUGAGUCGGAGUCCUCGUCUUCGGAUGCCUCCUCCUGCCAGGAGAGGGGGUCCGACGGAGGGAAGACAUCUGGAAAGAACCCAAAAGAGGAAGCGACCGCCGAGGUGCCCUCGUUUGUGCUAGAGUGGGAUCUUGACUCUGAAGAAGAGGAAGAUCCCGUGGAGGAGUGCUUGCGCAUAUUUAACGAGGCCUCCGAGCCCAGUAACACCUCGGGGACGGCAACUCAGCCUCAGGAGCGGCUUCACACCAAGCGGGCAGUGGAGUCGACCCUGGAACCUGCCAUCCCGACCAAGAAGCGCGUCGCGCACAACCCGGACCUUGCUCGGCGCCCAUCAGCCCCGCAAGGCCUAUUGGCGCACGUGUCGGCUGCGCAAGCCAUGCACAAUCGUUUUGCCCAGCUGCACCAGCGUUUCCAGGCAGCAGGACAGGGCCGAGUGGCACCGGUGGCGAAUGCGCCGCUGCUGGCGGCGGCGCGCCGCUCUGCUUUAGCCCAGCUGCCUCAGGGGACGCGCACUGCAGCUCACGUGGUGGCCUCCCAGCCCAAGGGACAGCCCAGGGUGGCCCACGUCCCAGCCCUGGUCCUGUCCAAGCGUCCCACCAUCCCGGCCGAGUAUGGCAGCCGAGUUCCGACGGCUGUGCGCCAGCGCUACCUCAACCUUUUCCUGGACGAGUGUGCCAAGUGCUGCAGCACCGAAGACGAAGCCAUCCAAAAGGCGUUGUCCGAGGAGAAGCAGACCUACGAGCGGAGCUCAGGCAAGACCGUCUACCUGAAUGUGGCCGUGAACACGCUCAAGCGACUGCGCCGAGAGUCGGCCCAAGACGGGGGCGCGUCCUCUGCUGGCUCUAGCUCCUCUGGUGCUGGCACCUCUGCUCCCGCGGCAGCGCCCGUCCAGCCCACCAACCGGGUGGUCUCGCACGAGAUGGUGCUGCAGGGUGCCCGCGCGGCACGCACAAGCUUCAGCAUCGAGAAGAACCGCUAUCGCAAACCACCUCCGGAACUGACGGAGAAACGUUUCUACGAGCUGUUGGAGGUGUACCGGAUGACCCCAGAGCAGCUUGCGGAGUACAACUACCCGCGACCGCAUCCAGCGGAGCCAGGGCGUGCAGUGUUCGCCGGAACUGAUGGCCGUCAGUACUCAAAAUCAAAUGGCUCGGUGCUCCGAUGCAGCCGGUGCGGUGCCACUUUCUCGCUGACGGAAGACGGCGACUAUGUGCGCCCCGAAGAGUGUGUCCACCACUGGGGUCGCCUCUGGAAGAAGCGGAUUGCGGGAGCCCUGGAGAGUCGCUACAGCUGUUGUGAGGGUGACGGGGAGUCGGACGGUUGCUGUGUUGCCAAGGGUCACGUGCACGAGGGCCCUGAGCCGAGUCAGCUGACUGGUUUUGUGUCGACGCUCGCCAAGAGUCCACCACCUGGCGGAGGUUGCCCUGGAGUGUAUGCGCUUGAUUGUGAAAUGUGCUACACGUCCGAAGGAGUGGAGCUCACACGAGUCACGGUGGUCGGCUGGGACCUGAGGCCCGUCUACGAGAAGCUCGUGAAGCCGCGGGGACAGAUUCUGGACUACAACACGCGGUUCAGCGGCCUGACAGAAGAGGACAUGGUGGGCGUGAAUACGAACCUAAGGGAUGUCCAGGCUGCCCUGCUGGCCCGUUUUUCGGCCGACACAAUCCUCUUGGGCCACAGUCUCGACUCGGACUUGCGCGCCCUGCGGCUGAUUCACGAGACUGUCGUCGACACGGCCGCCGUGUUCCCCCACCGACGGGGACUCCCUUACAAACGAGCCCUGCGUACCCUCAUGGCCGAACACCUCAGCAAGAUCAUCCAGAAUGGAGUGGAUGGUCACGACAGCCAAGAAGAUGCAGCCGCCUGCAUGGAGCUGAUGCUGUGGAAAGUGCGCGACGACCUCAAGAAAAGUGCACGAUGAUCGCUUGGAUGUCUCCAGCAAUACCAAACAUGGCUGCUAGAAAGAGCAACACUCGAUCCACUUCGCUGGAGCAGGGAGUGUGACCGGCCUUGUCUGCUGGCGUUGCAGAAAGACUGCACUGUUGGCUCAUGCGGUUCAUGACAAGCUGCUUGCUAAGAACAAUUAUAGAAGUGUCAGGGUAUUCAAAGCCUGCGGUGGUUUCGGAUUACCCCGGGUUCGUCCCCACCUGAGAACCUGCCUUGCGAGAGCAAUGCUAGCAGUUCUCACAGACGAAGUUGAGGCACGCCCUGAAAAAACCACGUGUAUUUGAUUGCGUUGAAAUAAUGCUUCAUCCGCCUAAACUUUGAAAUGGCUGCUCUCGCUCUAAAAGCAGUGUACUGAUUCAGAAACGAGUGGGUUUGAACAAAUUCUAAAGCUUUUACAGAUAUGGGGGCAUGGAAAAAAGAAAUGUUUGACAGAAAAAUUUUAUCCUUAAAUUAGUGGAAAAGAAGUAUCAGUACUUCUUCAGUGUCGUCUGGGAUUUUUAUGAAAGCUGCCACACGAAGCCGCAUGAGAAGCUUGGCAGUGACUUUAAAUUUCACGAGUAUUUGUUGCACAGACUUGUGUCUGAUUGCUUUUCUUGCCGCGCUUCCAAAGGUCACACGUGUUUAACUUUGAGGAAGGCAGAGUCUGAGAUAAGUGUGAUAAAAGGGUGUCUUUUAUGUGUUUUGUUAAAGUAGAUAAAGUUGCAAGAGAAGGAAAGGGUGAGUUCUGUUCGCUUAGUGCCUGUCGAUUAAAAAGUAAGUGAUAAAGAAGUCACCCCUUUCUCACUUGCCAAGCACAGCUUCUUGACUUUGUGAGCAUGCGAAGCACUGCGAUCCGCGCCUUCAUUACACCUAGCACCUCUUGGGUGGCGUGCAUUGCCAGUGCUGGUCGCCUUUGGAAUGCACGCUGCUGUCAUUGCUCCCAUGUCCCAUUGUUAGCAUGACUGGGGUCGUGUUUAAGACGGGGAUUUGUAACCGAUAUUUAUGUAUAUAUUCCAUACACUGUUGUCUGUUCUUGCACUUGUUUUCCUUCUCCUUAAUGAGCAAUAAAAGAUGAACCACAUCCAAUAAACGUGUUGUUUCGAAGUUA